CCAUUGUCUGGCAGCUAUCGAGUAGGUCGACAAAAAAAAGAAAAGAAUUCCAAUAAUUACAAUUAGAGCACGAGUACCGCAACGCAUUUAAUUAAUAGUAAUAUUGACUCGUGUCACAAUGGAAGUUGAGACAACGACACCUGAACACAACAGAGAAUUUGCGGAUGUUGACAUUAAUAAUGGCUCAGCGUCCGGUGCAUCCGAUGAGGAGGAGGUGCCAGCGCCGGGCAGUGUAACAUUGGAGCAUGAAAAUGAUUUAUUCGUUUCGGCAAUGACCCCGAGCGAAGUGCAUCGUCGCAUUUCUGCCAGCAAUCUAGAGGAGGUGCUGACAGACGAUGGGGACUAUUUCAUUCAAAUUGUCAUAUCAGAUCCCCAAAAGGUUGGCGACGGCAUGAGCUCGUAUUUGGCAUACAAAGUGACAACGAAAACCAACAUUCCAAAAUUUAAGCGCACCGAAUUUAGCACUUUGCGCCGUUUUAGCGAUUUCUUGGGAAUACAUGAUCUCUUAGUGAACAAGUAUUUGCGCAUGGGUCGUAUUAUACCGCCGGCGCCUUCCAAAAAUAUUAUUGGCAGCACCAAGGUAAAGAUGAGUCCACAGCAAACCGAGCCGGGCACACCAAUCAAUCAGGAAUGGGUUGAGAUACGGCGUGCGGCACUGGAGCGUUUUGUGCAUCGUACAGCGCAGCAUCCGGUGCUGCGCGUGGAUUUGGAUUUUAUAAAUUUCCUGGAAAGCGACCAGGAGCUUCCACGUGCCGUUAAUACGUCAGCUCUCAGUGGCGCUGGCGUCAUUCGACUAUUCAAUAGAGUUGGCGAGACGGUUAACAAAAUAACGUACAAAAUGGAUGAGAACGAUCCGUGGUUCGAUGACAAGAUAACCGAAGUGGAGAAUUUGGAUGCAAAUCUGCAAAAACUUUCAUCGGCACUGAAAUCUUUGGUGUCCUCACGCCGUGAGCUGUCUGUGCUGACUGGACUGGUGGCCAAAUCGGCGGCUAUGCUGAGCACCUGUGAGGAGCAUACUGGACUUUCACGUGCGCUCUCGAAUCUGGCUGAUGUGGAGGAAAAGAUUGAGCUGCUGCGCUCCGAGCAGGCGAAUUCUGAUUUCUAUAUACUCGCCGAGUUUAUCAAAGACUAUUUGGGGCUGUUUGGCGCCAUCAAGUGUAUUUUUCAUGAACGUGUAAAGGCCUUUCAAAACUGGCAAUACGCCCAGAUGCAGCUCUCAAAACGACGUGAGAAUCGCGGUCGCUUCGAGCUGGCCAAUCGUGUCGACAAACUGGAUCAGGCGCAACAAGAGGUUGAAGAGUGGCAGGGCAAGGUGCAGCGCUGUCAGCAGCAAUUUGAUGACAUUUCGUCGGAAAUCAAGAGAGAAAUGGAACGCUUCGAGCUAAGUAGAGUGAAAGACUUCAAAGCUAACAUUAUUAAAUACAUUGAAGUUCAAAUGGCGCAUCAACAACAGAUCAUCAGCUACUGGGAGGCUUUUGCACCAUUUGCCAGGGAAAUCGUUUAACUUUUAUUCAAACCGCCAGAUGCAUUUCCAAUAUGCUUAACUAACAGCAAAGCGGCACUGCGCUUCGUAUCUAUACCUAUCUAAUGUGCGUGCGUUAAUUUUGUGGGACCAAUUUGUCGUCAACUGGAGGCGCUGAUCUUGAAGUGAAGCUACUUGUUGCCGCUGUUGCUGCUGCUGCCGUUGGGCAUUUCCUAGCGCUUUAAAUUCCUCUCAAUAAUUGUUACCAUGUGGUGCGAUCGUGCUUGCAGAUAAAGUUCAACUUUAAUUACCGAUGCAUUCAAA